AUGAUAGAAAAUAAUUUAUUCGAAUUUGAAGUAGAAACCCCAUCAGGUGAUCUUUUAGAUAAACUUAUUACCGAAUAUGUAAGCAAAAAAGAAUGUCGCACUCCGCCAAAUAGUUUCUUUAUAUACCGACAAUUAUUAGUUAAAAAAUUACAUUCUUCUGGUCUUAAUCUACAAGCCGUGGAGAUCUCUCGAUUAGCUUCGAAAAAUUGGAAAACGAAAUCACCUAAUGCCAAAGUCGUCUUCCAGGAUGCAGCUCAGACUAUUGCUAAAUCUAUGACCAGAAAAGAAACAAGACCUGCGAAAAAGCGGAGAAUUCUUUGGCCAGCUGUAAUGACAAGCGAGACCAUGCGUAAUAAAGUCAUUCGCAAAAAGACCAAAGCUAGAAAAUCAGAAUAUCUCAAUUCUAAAAAUAAAGAUUUCGCUUCGCAUGAAUGGCUGAAUAAAGAUGACGAUAUUAAGCAAAAUUCCAUUUCGGAGCUCAAAUACUCCAUUGAUGAGAUCGCAUCUGAUCCUGAAGAGAAUCUAUAUUUUAAUGAUCCAAUGAAUGACGACAAUUUAGAUGGCGGGCCACCCUCCCCUAGUGAUCGUUUUCUGAUUAGACCCAAGCAUUCUGAGUAA